GCAAUGUUUGGGAAAUACCUGUUUUUUAGCAUGUGCUUGGUAAAUUAAACGAAUAAUUAAAAGACAGUUUAUUAAAUAAAGUGUGAUCAUUACAAAAAUAAUUAAAGUUACUUCAUAAGCCGGUUAAAAUUGUUAUCUAUACGGUUCGUCCUUCAGCAGAUGGACGUUUCCUCUUGACGUGUUUGUACUAUGAGUAAUUUGCACGUAUGUAUAAUUUAUUAUCUCAUUUCCAUUUAUUCGUCAUCUUUACGAGAAGUUAACCGUUUUAAUGACAUGAAACGAACACCAAAUGCCGAGUUGAAAAGAGAGACUGCUGGAACCUGAAAGUGAUUUCACCUCUCGUUACUUGUUGUGCGACAAAAUAUUCAACCAAACAAGAAGGUGGCCAGUGGGCAGAAAAUCGUAAUUUGAACAGAUAUGAUAAGUCCGUCUUAUCAAUGUGUAUCACGCGUUACAUUCACCCAAAUGCAAACAUCACCCAUACAAACCCACGUUUUGAGAUUUAUUAGCUCAUACUUUAUUCAACGAAAGUAAAUCAAAUAGUAGUGUUUAUUCCGUUUAGUGAAAAUUUGCCAAUUUUCUCCCUAAAACACAUGCAAGAAAUCAUGGCUCGAUUAAAAGCAGCUCAACUCAACACUUCGGAUGGUUCCAUGGUGGAACCUUUAUUCCUCGACAUUUGGGCGGUGGACAAAUUUUUCGAGUACAACCAUCACAAAGGAACAAUUGUCCCUCAACUGGAGGCAGGGGAUGAAAUCUGGUUAAAAAAAGAAACCCAAGGCUACUCCCAUGUCCUCUUGUACAUUGGGAACAGUGAAGUUGUGCACGUGAGUGAUGUGCAGAAAAGUGGGUUGAGUUUGGGAAAAACUAUAAUUUGCAGAGAUAAAUUAGAAGACGUCGCAAAAGAUAAGUUGAUCGGAUGCCGCAAAACCAAUGGUCUCUCGCCUGAGAAAAGGGACGAAAUUGUCACCCGAGCGCUAAAAGAUGUCGGAAAAUUUUUUCCCUACCUCCUCACGACGGAUAAUUGUGAGCACCAAGUCAAAUAUUGGAUCUCUGGGGUGAAGGAUUAUCGCUGGAUAGUUAGCACCCAGGUUCGAGACCACGUGGUCAUUGGAGUGAUUGGAUUUCUUGUUGGAGCUGGAAUUGGGGCCGGAUUAGCAGUUUUUUUGUGGUCAACCGAUGUAUUUCCAGUUCUUGGAUGUUCCUUGGGAGGGGGACUGCUUUGUGCCGUAUCACUCGUCGCAUUUAAAUAUUGCAUGAGUUCUUUAGAGAAUAGGAAGUUCUUUGCGAGAUAAAAUAUCUUCCAGUUUAAUAUCAGAAUAUUUAUAUGAGUUUAAACUAUAAACCUGUGUGUAUUUUCCGUUUCGCGUCCUAAAACCCGGGUUCGGGUGGGAACACAGUCAACCCGAAUCCAUCCACCCAAUCUGACCAAAUUGUAAAUACACGUGCUGCUGUGAACAAGUGUUCUCAGAGUUAUGCAAUUAAUACACAAGUACAUACGCACUUUUGGUGCGAAUAAGACACACUUUAUUUUACUGUUCUGUUAUUUUUUAUCAAUUUCAUUUAUAAAAAUAUAUAUAUAAUAAAUCAAAUUAUCCAGUGGGAUCCAGAUUUCA